UUUGUAAUUUUUUUUUUUUUUUAAUUAGUUAUAGGGUAAAUUUUCUUUUAUUUCUAUAUUGUUCACUAUUCUUUAAAAGAACUUAUCUACAAAGCCUACCAUGAUAUCGACAAAUCUUUUGUGAGUAGCUCAUAAUUAUCUUAAGUUACCGAUUGGUAUUAUCUACCAAAAUUAUUCUGAAAAUAUAGCUUCAUCGAAGACAGUACGUACAUCAACUCAGUUAAUUACGUCUAUUUGAAUGCGAAUGUUUUACUCUUAAUCCUGAUUAUUGUCACCCUCUCUAGGAAUAGUCAAAAACGAAUUGAGUUUUGAUUCGUUUCAAGGCAAUGAUACAAAGAUGGGGAAGAUGCUCGCCAUCAAUGCUUCAAUGUCGGUGAGCAAAUUGUAAAUGGUCGUCUGUCUCGCAUGGACAUUGGUGAGUGUCCAAAAAUACAUGAUAAUGCAUUAAGAGCAGAUUUUGAAAAAGCUCAACAAAAGUUUGAUCACUAUUAUGAUGUAGAUGCUACUGAACAUUUACAAGCAUUUAUUAGUGAUUGUGACAGAAGAACUGAAGCAGCUCGAAAACGACUAUUAGAAACUCAAGAAGAGCUUACUGCUGAAGUAGCUGAAAAAGCCAAUGCUGUUCAUGAAUUAGCUGAGAAAAUAGGACAUACAUUGGCUAAAGCUGAAGAAUUGGGUGCCCAAGGUUUAGUGGACGAAAGUCUCAAGUUGAUGGGAGAAAUUGAAGAUCUGCGUAAAAAAAAAUCAGAAGCAGAAGAUACUUACAGAAAUUCAAUGCCUGUAAGCAGCUAUCAACAGCAAAAAUUAAGGGUGUGUGAUGUAUGUUCAGCUUAUUUAGGUAUUCAUGAUAAUGAUCGAAGAUUAGCAGACCAUUUUGGAGGAAAAUUACAUUUAGGAUUUAUCAAAAUAAGAGAAAAACUAUCAGAACUUGAAAAAAAUUAUGAAGAAAGACAUGAAGCUCGGCGUAAAUUUGAUGAACAAGAGCGUUAUAAAAGAGAUGAUAAAAGAAGCCAUCGGUCUAGAAGUGGAGAUCGAAAUGAACGUCACCGACGAUCUAGGUCCCGUAGUCGUCACAGUAGACAUCGUUCACGUAGUCGUAGCCGAAGUCGAACCCACAAACAUGAUAGAAGAGAUCGAGAUAGACGUCGCUAUUAAUAAUAAAUUGUAUUACUUCGUUUCAAUGACACAUAACUCUUUUUAGUAACAUUAAUUUGAAUAUAUUUAUAAUUAUAAUUAUAAGAUGAAUAUAAAACUUGUUAAAUUUACUAAUAUUCAAAGUAGA